CUUUGGAGCUGGACGGGAGCCUAGACAGGCUGAGGACCCAUCCAGAGGAUUUUAGGUUCACCUUGAACACCAGCCAGUGUGAUUGCCAGUUCACUAUUCCUUGGGCCUUCAAGGUGAAAUGAAGGGUAGGUGUGCUCACAUGAGAAGACUGAAUAGCUGUGCUCUAAAGUUUACAGAGACUUGUGCCAAACACUGUGGUGUUCAUGAAAAAAAUGCACAAUAUCCCGACCGGCCGGAAUAAUUCAUGAAGAAGGGGCUGGAUCCGUGGGUCAGAGAACACAGGACCAGUUUGCCAUCCCAAGGCCGAAGGCCCCCCUCCAUCACAGUUCUUGAAACUCUUAGAAGUCUCUGAUAUAUCUUGACCAUGAGACGGUGGCUGGCUUUUGACAGGAUUCGAGACACAAACCCAGCAGCCUGGAAGUAGUUCAUGGAGCAGCCUCAAGAGAUCCUGGCCAGGCAAGCUCUCCCCUCCAGAGGGCAGAGUGGUGUGUAAGAGGAGGCCGCAGCAACGUGGACAUGAAUGCUGGUUUCCAAAGAGAACAGCGUUUUAGUUUUGGUCACCGGAAGUGGUGCCUUCAGCACAGAAGAGUUUGACUUCUCCUCCGAGGCCACCGAUCACCAAACACGGGACAAAGGAGAGAAGAAGCCAGGACGGAGCUGCCCCCAGCAUCCAGUGUGGCAUCUCUUGGGCUGGCACCAGGGAUGACUGGGCCAUGGACACAGACGUCUCCCACCUUCAGCCAUUCGCAUAGCACACGGGGGACUCGUGGGGGCCACUUGCCACUGCCCACCGGCACAACACAAUGGCAAUACUGACAUCCCUCGUGACGUUUUCACUACAGACAUUCAGGCAGGAAGCGCUGGUGUGCUUUCUGUCUGCCAAGUAGAGGGCCAUGCCUCACCCAGAGGAGUAGCUUGGGCCCCAAUGACCUGCUCUGAGUCCACUAGCAGCCAGUGACACUUGCAAAAAAAUCUCCCAAAGCCGUCUCAGGGUGGGCUUCUGCAGCUUUUGACCAAUGUGGCCAAAGCUGGACGCCUCCUCCGGACACUUGGAUUCUUCGUAAAUGCAGCCUGCCCCACCCUCCCUGAGUAGCAUCUGAGGUCUCCGCGAAGGUCAUGGAUCCUGAACAAAGCAUCAAGGGCACCAAGAAGGCUGAGGGAAGUCCCCGGAAGCGGCUGACCAAAGGAGAGGCCGUUCAGACCAGUGUUUCCUCCAGCGUCCCAUACCCAGGCAGCAGCACAGCUGCCCCCCAAGAGAGUGCCCCCCAGGAGCUCCUAGCCCCGCAGCCCUUCCCUGGCCCCUCGGCAGUUCUUAGGGAAGGCUCUCAGGAGAAAACGGGCCAACAGCAGAAGCCCCCCAAGAGGCCGUCCAUCGAAGCCUCCGUCCACAUCUCCCAGCUUCCGCAGCACCCUCUGACACCAGCAUUCAUGUCGCCGGGCAAGCCGGAGCACCUCCUGGAGGGGUCCACGUGGCAACUCAUUGACCCCAUGAGACCUGGACCCUCAAGCUCCUUCGUGACACCUGGGCUCCACCCGCAGAGCCAGCUCCUCCCUUCCCAUGCUUCCAUCCUCCCCCCUGAGGACCUGCCUGGCAUCCCCAAGGUCUUUGUGCCCCGUCCCUCCCAGGUGUCCCUGAAGCCCACAGAAGAGGCACACAAGAAGGAGAGAAAGCCCCAGAAGCCUGGCAAGUACAUCUGCCAGUACUGCAGCCGGCCCUGCGCCAAGCCCAGCGUGCUCCAGAAGCACAUCCGCUCACACACGGGCGAGAGACCCUACCCCUGCGGUCCCUGUGGCUUCUCCUUCAAGACCAAGAGCAACCUCUACAAGCACAGGAAGUCCCAUGCCCACCGCAUCAAAGCGGGCCUGGCCUCGGGCGUGGGCGGUGAGAUGUACCCGCCAGGGCUGGAGAUGGAGAGGAUCCCCGGGGAGGAAUUUGAGGAGCCCACCGAGGGAGAAAGCACAGACUCCGAAGAGGAAACUGGCGCCACGUCUGGGCCCCCCACAGAGCUCUCCCCCAGGCCUAAGCACCCCCUCCUCUCCAGCAGCUUAUACAGCUCUGGAAGCCACAGUUCCAGCCACGAACGCUCCUCCCUGUCCCAGUCCAGCACAGCACCGUCGCUGGAGGACCCGACUCCCUUUGCAGAACCCUCAUCUGAGCAUCCCCUGAGCCAUAAACCGGAAGACACCCACACCAUUAAGCAGAAGCUGGCCCUCCGCCUGAGUGAGAGGAAGAAGGUGAUUGAUGAGCAGGCAUUUCUGAGCCCAGGAAGCAAAGGCAGUACUGAGUCUGGGUACUUCUCCCGCUCCGAGAGCGCUGAACAGCAGGUCAGCCCCCCAAACACCAAUGCCAAGUCCUAUGCGGAGAUCAUCUUCGGCAAGUGCGGACGGAUUGGCCAGAGGACCGCCAUGCUGACUGCCACCUCCACCCAGACCCUCCUGCCCCUGUCCACUGAAGACAAGCCCAGCCUGGUACCUUUGUCUGUGCCCCGGACACAGGUGAUCGAGCACAUCACGAAGCUCAUCACCAUCAACGAGGCUGUGGUGGACACCAGCGAGAUAGACAGCGUGAAGCCCAGGAGGAGCUCUCUGACCAGGCGCAGCAGCAUGGAGUCCCCCAAGUCCAGCCUCUACCGGGAGCCCCUGUCGUCCCACAGUGAGAAGACGAAGCCCGAACAAUCACUGCUGAGCCUCCAGCACCCACCCAGUACCACCCCCCCUGUGCCUCUCCUGAGAAGCCAAUCUAUGCCUUCGGCCACCUGCACCCUCAGUACCCCCCACCACACCUUCCGAGGUAGCUACUCCUUCGACGACCAUAUCACCGACUCUGAUACCCUGAGCCACAGCAGCCCAGUGUUUACCUCCCACCCCCGGAUGCUGAAGCGCCAGCCUGCCAUCGAGCUUCCUCUGGGAAGCGAGUACAGCUCUGAGGAGGCUGGACCAAGUAGCAAAGACGCAGCCUCCAAGCCCUCCGACGAACCAGAACCCAAGGAAAGUGAACUCACCAAAAAGACCAAGAAGGGCUUGAAAACAAAAGGGGUCAUCUAUGAAUGUACCAUAUGUGGUGCUCGGUACAAGAAAAGGGAUAAUUACGAAGCCCAUAAAAAGUACUACUGCUCAGAGCUUCAGAUCACCAAGCCCCUCUCUGCAGGUGCUCACGCAUCUUCCGAAGCCGAGAAGAGUCAAUUGGAACACGAGCCGUGGUCCCAGAUGAUGCAUUAUAAACUGGGGGCCACCUUGGAACUCACUCCACUGAGGAAGAGGAGGAAGGAGAAGAGUCUUGGGGAUGAGGAAGAGCCGCCUACCUUUGAGUCAACAAAAAGUCAGUUUGGCAGCCCCGGGCCGUCUGAUGCUGCUCGGAACCUUCCCCUGGAGUCCACCAAGUCACCAGCAGAACCAAGUAAAUCAGCGCCCUCACUGGAGGGACCCACGGGCUUCCAGCCUCGGACUCCCAAGCCAGGGUCCAGUUCAGAAUCAGGGAAGGAGAGGAGAACAACGUCCAAAGAAAUUUCUGUCAUCCAGCACACCAGCUCCUUUGAGAAAUCUGACCCUCUCGAGCAGCCCAGUGGCCCAGAAGGGGAAGACAAAUCUCUGGCCCAGUUCUCGUCCCCGCCACCUGCCCCGCAUGGACGCCCAGCGCAUUCCCUGCAACCCAAGCUGGUCCGCCAGCCCAACAUUCAGGUUCCAGAGAUCCUGGUGACCGAGGAGCCGGACCUGCCUGACACAGAACCCGAACCACCUCCUAAGGAACCCGAGAAGACAGAAGAGUUCCAGUGGCCCCAACGCAGCCAGACACUGGCCCAGCUCCCAGCCGAGAAGCUGCCACCCAAGAAGAAGAGACUGCGCCUGGCCGAGAUGGCCCAGUCAUCCGGGGAGUCCAGCUUUGAGUCAUCUGCGCCUCUGUCUCGCAGCCCGAGCCAGGAAAGCAGUGUCUCUCUGAGUGGGUCCAGCCGCUCAGCCUCGUUCGACAGGGAUGACCACGGGAAAGCUGAGGCCCCUGGGCCCUCAUCUGAUCCUCGCUCCAAACCCUUGGGCACCCAUAUGCUGACUGUCCCCAGCCACCACCCACACGCCCGAGAGAUGAGGAGGUCGGCUUCGGAGCAGAGCCCCAACAUUUCCCACUCUGCCCACAUGACUGAGACACGCAGCAAAUCAUUUGAUUACGGCAGCUUGUCCUUGACAGGCCCUUCUGCACCAGCCCCAGUGGCUCCACCGGCUCCGGUGGCCCCGCCAGAGAGAAGAAAAUGCUUUUUGGUGAGGCAGGCCUCUCUGAGCAGGCCUCCGGAAAUGGAGCCAGAGGCCACCCCUAAGGGAAGACAAGAGAGUGAGGACCCACAGUCCUCAUCCGGCAAACCUUCAACCAAAAGCUCAUUGCCCCAGAUUUCCUCAGCGGCCACCUUGCACAGUGGGCACCCGGGAGGCAAGAGCCAGGUGCAGGACAGGCCCCCGCUGGGGUCCACUCCACCCUUCACGGAAGCACUGCAGGUGCUGCACCACCCCGUGGCCCAGCUGCCCCUGCAGGAGAAACCAUAUCUGCCCCCACCUGUCUCCCUUUUUUCUUUCCAGCACCUCUUGCAGCAUGAGCCAGGACAGUCUUCAGACUUCUUCUCCAGCCAGGCCAUGUCCAGCCUCCUCUCCUCACCAUACUCCAUGCCUCCACUCCCUCCGUCCUUAUUCCAAGCCCCACCACUUCCUCUCCAGCCUACUGUUCUGCACCCAGGCCAACUCCAUCUCCCCCAGCUCUUGCCUCAUCCAGCUGACAUUCCCUUCCGGCAGCCCCCUUCCUUCCUCCCCAUGCCAUACCCGGCCUCCUCAGCACUCUCUUCUGGGCUUUUCCUGCCUCUGCAAUCCCAGUUUGCACUGCAGCUCCCUGAUGUGGAAAGCCACCUGCCCCAGAUCAAAACCAGCCCAGCUCCACUGGCGACAGCAACUCCUGGCCCCUCCUGCAGCACAGGGUACAGCAGUGACAUCCACUUGCCCCCUGCAGCUCCCCCAGCCAGUUCCUCGGCACCCACAUCAGCCCUGCCGCUGGCCCUGCCCGCCUGUCCAGACACCAUGGUGUCCCUGGUGGUGCCCGUCCGCAUUCAGACCAACACGCCGUCCUAUGGGAGUGCAAUGUACACCACCCUUUCUCAGAUCUUGGUCACCCAGUCUCAAGGCAGCUCAGCAAGUGCACCUCUUCCCAAGAGUGAGGAGCCCUCAUCCAAAGGGACAGCCUCGUGUGGGGCACACGUGUAUGAGGCUGGGCCUGGACUGCCGGGCUUAAGUGAAGAGCAAAGCAGAGGUUUCCAGACUCCAUACCUGAGAGUGCCUGUGACAUUACCUGAAAGAAAAGGCACUUCCCUGUCAUCAGAAGGUGCCUUGAGCCUUGAGGGGAGUUCCUCGACAGUGGGGGGAAGCAAACGUGUCCUUUCACCAGCUGGCAGCCUUGAACUUACCAUGGAAACCCAGCAGCAAAAAAGAGUGAAGGAAGAGGAAGCUUCCAAAGCAGAUGAAAAACUUGAGCUGGUAAAACCAUGCAGUGUUGUGCUGACCAGCACUGAGGGUGGGAAGAGGACAGAGAAAUCCCAUCCAGGAAGCCAGGGCCAGGGCAGGAGGGAGCUAGAAACACUGGCCAGCCUGUCCUCAGACCCAUCUGACCCCAAGGAAAUUCCUCCCCUCUCUCACUCCACAUUGUCCCAUGGGACAGCCCCAGGCUCAGAAGCUUUGAAGGAAUAUGCCCAGCCAUCUGGGAGAGCUCAUCGAAGAGGGUUGCCCCCACUGAGCGUGAAGAAAGAAGAUUCCAAGGAACAACCUGAUCCCCCUCCCCUGGCUCCUCCCAGCUCUCUGCCUCUGUCAGAAACGUCCCUCAGACCUGCCAAGUCACAAGAAGGUACGGACUCAAAGAAGGUACUGCAGUUCCCCAGCCUCCACACGACCACUAAUGUCAGUUGGUGCUAUUUAAACUACAUUAAGCCAAAUCACAUCCAGCAUGCAGAUAGGAGGUCCUCUGUUUACGCUGGUUGGUGCAUAAGUUUGUACAACCCCAACCUUCCGGGGGUUUCCACUAAAGCUGCUUUGUCCCUCCUGAGGUCUAAGCAGAAGGUGAGCAAAGAGACAUACACCAUGGCCACAGCUCCGCAUCCUGAGGCAGGAAGGCUUGUGCCAUCCAGCUCCCGCAAGCCCCGCAUGACAGAGGUGCACCUCCCGUCGCUGGCUUCCCCGGAAGGCCAGAAAGAGCUAGCUAGAGUGGAGAUGGAGGAGGAGAAGCGAGGGAAGCCGGAGGAGGACGCUCCCGCCCCCAAGAGAGGGGAGCCGGCAAGGAUCAAAAUCUUCGAAGGAGGGUACAAAUCAAACGAAGAGUAUGUAUAUGUGCGAGGCCGCGGCCGAGGGAAAUAUGUUUGUGAGGAGUGUGGAAUUCGCUGCAAGAAGCCCAGCAUGCUGAAGAAACACAUCCGCACCCACACUGACGUCCGACCCUAUGUGUGCAAGCACUGUCACUUUGCUUUUAAAACCAAAGGGAAUCUGACUAAGCACAUGAAGUCGAAAGCCCACAGCAAAAAGUGCCAAGAGACAGGGGUGCUAGAGGAGCUGGAAGCCGAAGAGGGAACCAGUGAUGACCUGUUCCAGGACUCGGAAGGGCGAGAGGGCUCCGAGGCUGUGGAGGAACAUCAGUUUUCAGACCUGGAGGACUCGGACUCGGACUCAGACCUGGACGACGACGAGGAUGAGGACGAGGAGGACAGCCAGGACGAGCUGUCCCGGCCAUCCUCGGAGGCGCCUCCACCGGGUCUGACAGCCAUGCCGCGGGCAGACUCCUCACCUGUCCAGGGUCCUCAGCCCCCAGAUGCCACCCCUGACAAUGAGGCCACACGAGGCGGCUCAGUCUCUGAUGCCGAGCACUUGACAGCCAGCCAUUGCUCCACGUCCAGCCAGAGCAUCCUGGGUCUUCCCCAGCUGGGACCGGCCCUGUCGGGCCCUGUGGAGAAGGACACAAGCUCAGCCCUGAGCUCUAAGGCCAUGUCCCCCAGAAGGCCAUGGUCCCCAAGCAAAGAAGCAGGCAGCCGUCCACCACUCGCCCGCAAACACUCACUCACCAAAAACGACUCAUCUCCCCAGCAGUGUUCACCAGCCCCAGAACCACAGGCCUCAGUUGCAAGCAUGCUUGGCCCCCAGACGGGUCCAGGAAGAGACACGGCCCCUCCUCCUUGUGGGUCUCCAAGACUUGCGCUGUCUUCUCUCACUCCCCACCCCCUGGGAAGAGAACUGGCCCCUCGAACACAUCUAUCCCCAGAACUUGAGGGAACCACAGAUCGAGGCCUCUCCACACGCUCACCCACCGGGAGAUGGUCUCUGGGUCGGGCUGAGUCACCACCACGGUCAGCGCUGCCAUGGAAGCGGGCCCUGGCUGGGCCAGGCAGCCCCGCAGCGGAUGAGCAUGGUCCAGGCUUGGGGCCAGCUCCGCGGGUUCUCUUCCCGCCCACACCUCUACCUCACAAACUUCUUGGCAGAAGCCCGGAGACCCGCACCUCCAUGUGGAAGGCCGAGUCCCGAAGUCCAACCUGCCCGCCCGGCCCUGCUCAUCCUCUUUCCUCCCGACCCUUCUCCGUCCCCCAUGACUUCCACGGCCACAUCCCCGCCCGGACAGAGGAGAACAUCUUCAGCCACCUGCCUCUGCACUCCCAGCACCUGCCCCGUGCCCCGUGCCCCUUGAUUCCCAUCGGUGGGAUCCAGAUGGUCCAAGCCCGGCCUGGGGCCCACCCCACCCUGCUGCCAGGGCCUUCCACAGCCUGGGUCAGUGGCUUCUCAGGGGGUGGCAGUGACCUGACAGGGGCCCGAGAGGCCCAGGAGCGAGGCCGCUGGAGUCCCACUGGAACCUCAUCAGCCUCUGUGUCCCCCGUGGCUAAGGUCUCCAAGUUCACACUCUCCUCGGAGCUGGAGGACAGAGACUACCCCAAGGAGGGGGAGAGGACAGGCAGAGGCCCAGGCAGACCUCCUGACUGGGAACCCUAUGGGGCCAAGGUGCCUGUGGAGCCUGUGGCCACACACAGCCCCUGUACCCCACGGCCACCCCAGGGCCAACAGGUGGCGCAGUCCUGGAGCCUCCACUUGGAGUCACCAUGCACGCUGGCCACCCCUGAGGCCUCUGCCGCCCCACCACUGGACCGCAGCAGCUCCGUGGGCUGCCUGGCCGAGGUCUCUGCUCACUUCCCAGCUCGGAGGAGGAACCUCUCUGGGGAACCCAGGACCAGCCAGGGCUCCCCCAAGCCCUCAGGUAGUGGGGAGCCCAGGGCAUCGCCACCCCAGCCCAAGGACAGGGCCCCCCCAAGCACUUAGCCUCUCUCCGUCCGACCGCGUCAGCAUCUGGCUUCCGGUGUUCCGCAACAGACGUUUGCAGCCAACGUCCUGGAGUCAUCUUGCUCCCAUGGGCCCCCUGUCCCAUCUGUCCAUCUGUCCACACAGUUUCUGCUCAGCUCCCAUCUGUUAUAUCUUCCCACAUAUUGCAGUUACCUGUGCCUUUUUCUAUACCUUUUGUUGCUUGAAAAGAAACAAAUCACACACACACAUACAUAAAAACAAGACAAACCCACAAGGAGCUUGAGGCUGUGGAUAGUUUGUGCUUUUUAGGAAAGGCUGCAGGAGGGGUGCUCUACAGCACCCCUGAAGUCACAGCCACUGCCUCCAAGGACAGCGAGAGGCAGCCGCUGGCCUAGGGAAAGGGGAUGCACUGAGGGCACAGAACACAAUUAAGUGGAGACGCAAGCAGUCCGUUACAGAAGUUUAGGGUUCCUGUUCAUCACUGCUUUAGUUCCCCCUUCCCUGCCCCGGCCAGCGGCCACUCUUUUCUGCCAGAAAAGGGCCAGCAGCCCCAGGCAGAGGAACACAAAUGCAGGCAGAACCCCAAGAGAUCAUCUUCUUUUUCCUUUUAUUCUCUAUAAGAAAAAAGCGGGGGUGCAGUUGCUUUUGCUAGGAUUUCAACCCAAAAUAGCAGGUAGAAGGUAAAAACCGGUUGGUUUCACCAGGGAUCCCAGAUACCCGGCUCAUCUGAGUUGUGGGCUUAUCCUGCAUUUCCCAGGUAAGCAAGCCAUGUGACAGCCCCUCCCUUCAAUACCCCCAUCCUGCCCCCAGCCUCUGGGCUAGGAAAGGAGUCCCGACUGUCGCUUUCUUGGUUCUGGCACACCUAACCCCUGCCUUGCUCUCCUGGCCCUGGCCCUCCUGACUGGGAACCCUAAAACCCGCAAAGCUGAAGGGCUGAAGCCAAGCCUAGAGACUAUCCUCAGCUUGGGAUUUGGAUUCUGCUUCACCUCAGUCCCUGCAGCACAGGGGCCUUACGACCUUCAUAGCUGGGCUUUUCCAGUGCUCGGCGCUGUGAACUUACAGGGCUCCGGGUCCCUUGGAACAGGACUGGUUUCUCUGUCCCCUCCACACAUGGCCAGGCCUCCACUACCUAAGGAAAUACCCCAAACGGUGACUGGUAGGAACUGCCUUGGCCUAUGUUUUGGCUUAAAUCUCUUUUAAGACACCCCCCCCAAAAAAAAAACCCUAUAAACAUAGAAAAAGAAGAUGGUGUUUGGCAUAUCCCCCCCACCUCCUCCUCUUCUCUUCUCUCAACCUAGAAGAGUUGUGAAUUGUACCACAUCCUUUGAAUUUUUCUCUUAUUUCCUGGGACAAAAACAAAAACAAACAAAAAACCCUGCUUUUCAAGAAAAAUAAUUUGACCAGAAAUUUAAAUCCCAAGUUAAAAUAUGGAACUUGACCUCCAGCAUGUUUAGCCCAUAUAAUUAAUUGUAAAAGUGAGUGCUCCUGUGCACUGCUGCUUAAGGUUCCCAUUUCCACCUGGGAGAGGACGAGUUUCCCCUAUCUUUCCAGAAACAACUAAUAUUUUACAAAGAGGGGCCGUGGUAUGUCCCACCCAGGCUAGGUGCUGGUGCCACCUUGCACAGAACAGGGACCUCUCUGGCCAGUUCCCAGACCUCCGCCAGGCUGUAGAUAGGCCUCAACCUCGUGCUUGGCCAUCCUUCCCCUCUCUCCAGCUCAGGCCUUUCCCUACAGGCCCCUGCUGGGUGGACAAACCAGCCACAGGCCCAGCCUCCACCAGAGCAGCCGCUCAUUCUCCUCUGCCUUGCUCCAAGCUAAGACAAAAAGAGCAGGGCCUCCCUGGGGGCCUCCUGUACUCUCGAGCGCUGGGGAGUUGGGCUAGCGCCUGGCUGCUUGACUCAGGCUAGGGCUCCUGCUCACUUUAGGAGAAACCAGCAAGCCUACCUGGGCCACAUUGGCACUCUUUGGAUCUGUAGCAAGUGAGUAAGAGCCUGGGCUCUGGUCCCAGACCCUGGCCUCUGUCCUGGGCUCCCCUCACUCAGGCCAUUCAUCCUGAACCCCUAGGCUUCAAGAGCUGAGCCUCAGAAGCUGGAUACAUUUCUGUCCCUGACUGCUGGCUUGGCUCCUGACCUUGGGGAUAGCCACCCCCCUCCACCCUACUAUACACCCCAAGCUCUCCCAGGCACUGUUCCCCCUGUACUCAAACAAUCCAUCCACCAAGGUCCCCUUCCUGGGCAGCCUAGUAAUGGACAGUGUGGCCAUCAGGGGAGAGUCCCUGCAGUUUCCUGAAGAAGUAAUGGGCCAGGGGUCACUGGAAACCUAAGGGACAGGGACAGAAUACCUUCAUAGAAUCUGGCCUCAGUGCUGCUGCCCCACAGGGGCCCAGAAGAACCGAAUUGAUACCACCACAAAGCACAGUGCUAACCCUCUCUGCCAGACCCUGCGCCCACUCUCCUGGGCACUGGGCCCCCAACCCAUAUGCACAACCUCCCGCUUUGGGGGAAACCUCUCUCCAGCCACGCCCCAUUCUGGGCCUCUGCCCUCUGCCAGCCACGCAGUUUCCAGCCUGCCUAUGAUCUGCUGCCCCUGCCCCGGGGGAUCAGUAGGGCCAGCAGCGCUGACGUGGUGCACACACCCAAGCUAGCUCUGUUGAAAUGCCAUUUCUCGGGACAGACUAGCUCUCGUCCUUGGAUGUUGGCCGUGGGGGAAGAACCAACUUGCUGUGGUUUCCAGACAAACCUUAUCUUCUGCUGGGGAUCCCAAUCCACUUCCCCCCACCUAGGCCUGCCCUCCAGGAUGCCCUUCACACCUUGGCAAUAUCAAUCAUUCUGGGUACUAACCCCUUUCUUCUCCAAGGACAGGCCUGCUCUCUCCUAUCCUUGUCCAUAGCUUACACUGGGGUCCCAGCCACUGAGACCCUCCAGGGGCCGGACAGUAGCAAACUGCUCACUCCCCCAGACUUAAGUCCCUCUGUCAGAAAAAGUCUGAAAGAAUUCGCUUCCAGAUUCCUCUAGGCCCUGUUCCCUUCCCACCCAAUCCUUUGGAAUAAGGAUAAGCAAUGUAGCUGAGCUGAAUUCCUCUCUAGACCUUGCUCCAGACAAGUCUUUCUCAAAACUAAAGUCCUGGCCGAGCAGUCAUCCUCGGAGACCAGUCUGCCCCGGGGGAGAAAGUUCCCAAAGACCUGUGCAAACUCUGCUUCCGUGUCGUGAUUCCAGUCUGCUUCCCAUUAGGAAAAAAAAAACGCAUCGGCACUUAUGAUCACUUUAACUAAAUCUAGUGUUAAAAGAAAUGAAAAGAAACAGAAAAAAGAAAACGUGUAGGCAGAUGUAAGAUACUCUCUGUAAGAUAAAUAUUUGCCUUUUUUUUCUAAAAGGUGUAUGUAUUCUGUACGUGAAAUUGUCUGUAGAAAGUUUCUAUGUUCUUAAAUGGCAAUACAUUCCAAAAAAAAUUGUACUGUAGAUAUGUACAGCCACUGCACUGGGAUGGGGUAGUUUUGCCUGUAAUUUUAUUUAAACUCCGGUUUCUACAUUUGCAUCUUGCAAUGUCAGUAUGGUAUAUAUCAGUGCAAAAGAAAAAAAAAAAACUCAACAAAAAAUCCAUGCAGGUCUAAAGCACAGAGUCUGACGUACAAAAGGAAAAAAAUGCUCAGUAUUGAUGUGUGUGACCUUUGUUGUAAAUUACAUCUGUACUGUGAAUGAGAAGUUUUUACAAGUAUAAUAAUUGCCUUUAUUACAGCUCCAGCUGAGUGUUCAGCCGGAGGAUAUUUUUUAAAAAAAGAAAAAGAAUAGCACGUUGGAAUAAAUUUGAA